AUGCUGCACCCCUGGCUGCUCUGCCCUCGCCCUGUUCGCCAUUGGCUGGGUGUGCCAGCAAGGCAAGGCUGCCACCACCUCGCCGCGGCCUUCGUGCUGCUGCGCGCGCACCUCCAGUGCUGCCGCAUCAAGAAGCUGCGAAUGCGCGAGCCUAAGCCCCUGCUACCCAAGACCUUCCAGGCACCCUCUCCCACGAUUUUGCCCUCGCACCUGCUCCGCCCGCCGCCCGCCGACCUGCCGCACCCAUUCCCACCGCCGUCUUUUGGGAAAUGCUCCGCAUGCACGCGCCCGGCCACCGCAUCUCUCGAGGACAGCGUUUACGUCGUCUCCAAGGGCUGCGCCAUCCUCGCGUCGCCCCCGCUCAGCCAGCUCGAUCCGCUCAUUUGCAAAGACGCGAACGUGAGGUACCCCAGCUGGUGGUUCGACGCGGCUUUGCAGCGCAGGCGAGGAAAGGACUGCGGCGCGAGAUCGAAGGCUUCGGGCUACUCAGCAAGGGCCCGGACAGCCCCUACCUUCCUUCGGCGCGGACAGGCCUAG